UCCGUGCUAAAUGAAUUGAAAUCAGGUAGCUAUGAGCUACGCACUGUAGGAAUAUCUGUGGUUGAACUACGGAGGCGUGUUGAGGACAAAUCUGCCAAAACUACAGGUGACUUUCUGAAAAUACCUCUGCAGCGGACCAGACGUCGCUUAAACCACACCUAAGAGUCUGGUCUGCCCAAAGCCUGGGUUGAAUAUGGCUCUGGCAUUCCUUUUGGUCUUGGCUGCAACUGUGAUUCUGAUCAGACCCGAGACACCUGUAACUAAGGCUUUACAUCAGAACUCACUUGAGUGUUGUGUCGAGAAACAGAGGGUGAACAACUCGUGUUCAAAUGACACCCACUGUGAACCAGGAUGCUUCUUGCGUGUCCUUGAGAACAGCAACACCGUUUGCAUAUUCUGUGACUCAGCAGCUGUGGAUUUGGAGAACAUAACAGUCUGCACCUACAACUACACAGUGGAGAGGAAAAACCACACAACUGUAACUACUGUCAUUCCUAAAAUUGCAGGAGGGCCGGGUGUGGCAGCCUCUCUUCUUCUGGGAACGCUGUUGAUCAGCCUGUUCCUGAUCCUCUCUGUCGCCUCCUUUUUCUACCUCAAACGCUCAAACCGACUCCCGAACAUCUUCUACCGCCGCAACAAGGCCUUCAUAUUCCAACCGAGUGAGGCAGCUGUCAUGAUCCCCUCCUCGACAGUGAGGAAGCCAAGAUAUGUCAGAAGGGAGCGGCCCUCUGCAACAUCAACACUGAAUAGUGCCACCGUACCCACCACAUCCACCACGCAGGUCUAUAAUGUGUAGUUGUGGGAGGGCCGGCGCAGGUACGAGAGGACGCUCAGGAACGAUGUCAGUUUUUGUUUUUAUUUCAUUCUUGUCACUCGGGCUGUUACUUUUGUUUUUUCACAGAAAAAACUUCAUCAUACCAGGAAAAUAGGUUCAGUACUGCUCUGUAAAUUUUAAACCUCCCAUGUCAGUUUGUUUUCCUCCCACUCGUGCAGCACUUCAGGAUCACUCGACCUGUCUUUUGAAGAAUAGUUCAGGGAAAUGCAAGUAUUCACUCUCUUAUCUGAUUAACACAUUUUAUCUAUUUUAAUCCGUAUAACCCCCCCCCCACACACACACACCCACCCACACACACACACACAUACAAAAAAAGUGGAAAAAACACAAUUCUCUAUUGGACUAUAAGGGUGAAUUGUCAUUUUUCUGCUUUGUUUUUUGUUUGCAUUAAACAAACCAGAUACAACAGUGUGAUCUUUGUUGCCUUUGGACAGAGGCUAGCUGUUUCCCCCUGUUUCCUGUCUUUAAGCUGAGCUUAGCUAACCAGCUGCUGGCGAUAGCCAUGUUUUUUACAGAUCCGAGAUGAUCUUCUCAUCUAACUCGCAACAAGAAAGCGUGUGAGCAUAUUUCCCUCUAUUCCUUUAAGAUUAAUUGUGACAGUGAUCAAGUUGAGAAGCAGUGAUUUGUUUGUGGGGAACAAAGUGACAGCCCAGUGACAUUUGAUGGAAGCCUGUGUUUGCUAAAUAGGAUGAUAUUUACAUGCGUGAUAUUUAUUUACAUUUUGUAACUGUGCACUGAGCUUUACUGAUGACAGUCAGACCAACAGAAUAAAUGAUGUGUCUAAUAGUAGAGUUCUUCAGGUGGGCCGGGAUAUUUUAGGGAGAGUGCUGUUGGUGCUGUAUGGAUGAUUGUUUGAUUGUUUUUUUGGUUUUAUUGUUGCAUUUUCAUUUUUUUUGUUACCUUAAGCAAGGUGAAUGUAUUACACAAGUACAACAAAUCAUGUAUCAGAGUUGCAUACUUCAUGAAUCCACAACAGACCUAGUCCAACAUGAAAGAGCUGAAGUCAUUCUCAACAACAGAAUCAUUAUGUUUUCACUGGAAGGUUUGUGAUCGUACACAUCUUUUUAAAAUGCCAUGUUUGCUCCAUAAAGUAGAUUUAAAGUCCCAAUAGAUUUUUUUUAUCUCAGAACCUCAAAAUUACUGAAUCCUUGUGCACUUUAUUUGUCUGAGGUCAUCAGCUAAUGUUUAUUUAUAUACGACUAGUUGCCAUUAAGUGUGAGGGAGAUUUUUUUGUUGUACAGAUGGCAACAUUAUUGUUGCAUUGUGAAAUUUUCUUGACUACUAUUAACCUUUGCCAAAUGUCUGAAGAAAAUGGAUUUUACUGUGUGCCAUUACUGUGAUUACUGUGCCAUUAUGAGCUUUAAGAGCAGCCAGGAGACGUUUAGUCAUGAUGUGGUGAAUGAUUGGGUAUUUGAAUUAUAUCCAGUGGCCUUUAUAUUUACUGUACACUAUUCUAAAAACAGGUAUCCUAGUUGUAUUUGCUACAUGCUAUUUAAUUACAUAUAGUUUUAUAUCUUGACAACACUAAGGCUUUCCUCCUUCAGUAUAUGUGAAGCAACAUGAAGUGAACCAGAUAAAAAGGCUGCAAUCAUUCCAUGAAUAUUCCCCUUUUUGCAUAAUGUCUCUGCUGUUGUACAGACAGCCGUAAGCUGAAGACAUGUACAUAUUGUUUUAUACAAAUGAUGUAUUGUUUUUGUAAUAAUGUACAUAUUCUAGUUUUAAUGCCAUAAAGAAUGUUCUGAAGAUGUAAUGUUUGGAGAAAUAAAGCACCUUUCCAUUGCCA